UCUACCAGAGACAUGGACAACCACUACUAUACUAUGAACUCCAUGGGUACCGGAUACUACCCUAACGGACAGCCCAUGAUCCCACCGGAAGGCAUGUUGCCAGAUGGAGUCAUGAUGCCGGAUGGCUAUGUCCCAAGACUCUAUCAAAUGCCGACCAUUUCUCAAGAAAACCUAAACAGCUAUUCUGACCUUGACGAUCCUAGUCGCACAUCAGUAUCGCAACAAGGAGGGUCGCGCGGCGGUAAACGGCGAUCCGUCACUGGGACGGAUCAUGUCAAACACCGGAGAACACGGAGUGGUUGCUUUACUUGCAGACAGCGUAGAGUCAAGUCCUCGAAAGGCAACAAAAGCAGGGGCUCCGCUGGCGAAGCCUCGAACUCGUCUGGUGAAGAUUAUGAUAUCAACGAGGCCGACAGACUUCCUUCAAUCCNNCCUGAUGACGAAGAGAUCGAAGAGGGCGCGUCGAGCUUAUGUUCCAAGGAGGACCGCAAACUGUCUGAUGCAUCUUCCAACUCAAGGGAUCAAAGCCCUCUAAUCAAAAGCCCUGCAACUACGGACAGCUCCAUCACAUCGUCUGUUCGUCCUUCUACACGCCCACAAAUACCCCGCCAAAGCUCAAGAAAAUCAUUGAAAACCAAACAGCCACCAAACAGCAAGUGGGCACAUCUACCAAAAGAUGUCAAAUUCUACAUUACAUACCACCGAGAGAACUUGACGCACCAACAUUAUGCCAUGAAAUACGAUACAGGAGACUUCUUGAAGACGACAUUCCUGGAGAUAGCCCUAGGAUACGAGCCACUCCUUUAUGCGAUCACCGCAUUCUCUGCUUAUCAUCAUACAUUGGCGAAGCCAGGCGGCAAACUCUCGAGUUUCUUGGGUUACUACAACAAAUCGGUCUCAUUACUACGACAAUCUCUGGAGAGAAGCCCACGGCAUACCGUAGCCACCCUGCUCACCAUAUUGCAAUUGGCCACUUUUGAAGAGUUCCUAGGCGAUUGGGUCAAUCUCAUGGGUCAUCAGAGGGCUGCUUACGAGAUUCUCACAGAGCUGUUCACACCACAAACCAUCAUGCAGAGCGAAACACACCGCAAAAUCAUCUCGUGGUACAUCCGAUUCGACCUCUUUGCAGGAUUCAUGCAUGGGUACGGAAUGGUUCUGUCUCGUGACUGGCAUGUGGCGUGCAUGGAGUUUUACGUUCGACAGGCUAGAGACAAGCCUCGUGAUCUAGGGUCUCUUUUCGAAGAGAAAUUCGCACGAUCGAGACUGCUGGCAACCGACAUAUCGCUACUAUUCGCACGAGGCAAAACAGAAGGUCCGAGCCAAGAACUCAUCGUGGAUAUGGGCAAACUAGGCGCUCAGCUGGAAACCUAUGCUCACGAGCUUGAAUCCGCCUUCAAGGACACACGGACAUACGUCAAGGAGUUCCCAAAUGCACCAAAAGGAGAAUGGGAUAACGUGGUUAACUCGACAGAUCCCGAGUUCCUAUGGGCAGGAGACCUCUUUACAUGGAACUUCAUCCUGAUCGACUUUUGGGCUAUCCAUCUACUCUUCAAGUCACAGAUUGCACAAUUCGAUCCUACAGUGGGCGGCGAGGAAGUUGUGGCAGCGGCGUUCAAGGUGUGCAAGAUGUUCGAGGCGCUACAGUAUUGUGGCGAGGAUGCGACAGCAAUGAUUCUGGGCGCGCAAGCAAGUCUGGGCAUGGCUGCAGCAUGCUUGCCAAAAGACCAACGACACACCAUGUGGUGCCGCAACAAUUACAUCUACCCUGCUGCGCUGCGACAACGCAUGACUGGCGUUUGGGGCGUCGACGUGAUGCGUUGGUGGCUUCCCAACGACGAAGGCUACAACCCCAUGCUGCAAGCCGUUCGCGAGUUCAUCGACUAUCGUGCGCGUGUGCCGCAAGACAAUGUGCAGUCAGAUCUGCGCGACAUGAAGGGUUUGUUCAAAGCAUUGCAGCUUGACGACACUGAUUCCAAGAAGAGUACGGGCAGUGCAGGAGGUACCGAUUCAUCGGAUCCGUUCGACUUUGAGCCGGCUGGAAGCAUGCCGUGGGAGAGCAGUCCGGAGAUGAGUUGGCCUUAG